CUUAUCAUCUUCUCCAUGCUGACAUCUCUCUGGUGUUUUGAUUUAUUCUUUAGCUCACCCACAGUUUGCAUUUCCACACACUGCUGGGUGUUGCACCACAGACAUCCCAAUGAAGGACCUUCCAUUAACAGUCUACCCUGCCUGUCACACCAGACGGUGUGAGAGCUACAUGUUUCAGCAACAUGCUAGAUGUGUUCAUGAUUUCAUCCAACCUGUGUCUGGAACCCACAUUGGCUACCAGCGCUAUCAUCAUGGUCCUUGGGGCCAUCAGAGAGCACAGCAGUCAGCCACAAGACCGAGAGACUUUGAACCAUGGAAGAUCACUGUCAUCAUUUUGGCCAUUGCAUUUGCAGCAGCAAUCACCAUUGGUCUCAUUGCAUAUGUUUUACAAUACGAUCAGAGAUUAUUCUAUUACAGCGGCAACUUCAAAAUCAUUGGUGUCCAGUACAACACUGCUUUGUCUCAAAAGUCCUCAGAUAGGUUUAGAGAUGUAGGAAAUUGGAUUGAAAAACUGAUGUAUGAGACAUUUCACAAUUCCAUUUUAAGGGACAGAUAUAGAGGCUCACGGCUUGUCAAAGUGAGUCCAGACACAGGUGGAGUUGUUGCACAAGUUGUGCUGAUGUUUCUCUUCUCUUCUACUGAUGAUAACAAAGCACUGCGACUGACCAUCAAUAGGAUUUUGCAGCAGAGGCUGAAGAUGUACCCUGGGUCUACUCGCAUUGACCUCUCAUCUACCACUCUUACAGAUAUGAGGAAGCAAAUGGCUGAAAAUAUCUUCAGUGAUUUUUGUGGGCUUCGAAAUAACAGAUCGACAGUAUCACCAAGAAUAACUGGAGGAGUUGCUACUUCAGCUGCUACUUCAGGGUCUGGAGAAUGGCCAUGGCAGGCCAGUCUACAGCAGAAUAACAUCCAUCGUUGUGGUGCAACACUAAUCAGUAACACGUGGCUUGUGUCUGCAGCUCAUUGCUUCAGAGAGGCAAGAAAUCCUCACAUAUGGUCUGUUACCUUUGGGACGUAUUUAAGGCCUCAGUUAAUGGUACGACUUGUCAAAACUAUUAUAGUUCAUGAAAAGUACCAUUAUCCAGCCCAUGAAUAUGACAUUGCUGUUCUGCAAUUGGCUAAACGUGUGGAGUUUACAACUGCUGUUCAUCGGGUCUGCCUUCCAGAUUCAAGCGAGAUUUUUCCAUACGAUAUAGAUGCUGUUGUUACAGGAUGGGGAGCAGUUAGUAAUGAUGGUAAAACCCCUAAUGUUCUUCAGGAAGCAACAGUGAAACUUAUAGACUCCAACACUUGUAAUAGAAAAGAAAUAUACAAUGGGGCCAUAACACCUGACAUGCUGUGUGCUGGGUACCUGGAAGGAGGAGUAGAUUCCUGUCAGGGUGACUCUGGUGGUCCACUGGUUACACCUGAUUCAAGAAACAUGUGGUAUCUUGUUGGCAUAGUGAGCUGGGGGGAUGAGUGUGCAAAGCCAAAUAAGCCUGGAGUUUACACACGAGUGAUUUACUUUCGGGAUUGGAUUACUAAACAUACUGGACUUUGAUGCAAAAGUUGAAUGUGUUUAAAACUAUAUAGGUGGUAUGCAGGUCAUACUUGUUUGUAACUUGCACAAAAGUACAGUGAAUGUGUGAGUGUAUCUGCCUUAUUUCCAAAAUUGCUGGCAUUGGUCUGGCAUGUUAAGUAAUGGAUGCAGACCAUUAAAAAGUAUUUAUUUUGCCA